UCCUUCUGGAUACUAAUGGAUCACCGUCUUGCUCCAAGUGCUCACCUUCCUUCCUCAAGCGUGGAUUUUAAUAUGAGCAACUGUAGCAACUCUAUGAGUAAUUGUCCAAAUCCUGACUUUAUAUUCCGAAAGCCAUAUUCAUAUAGUUCACCUGUAACAGAAACGGAAGAUGUGGAUGAUCGUGAUGAUGAUAUGACCUUCUGCAUGUCUAAUUACGCCAAAGAAGUUUUAAAAAUGAUGUUUAUGAUGAGAUCUCACAAUAUGCUUACAGAUGUUGUAUUGGAGGUAAAACAAGAAUUAUUUCCAGCACAUAAAGUGGUUUUGUCGGCAGCAUCACCUUAUUUUAAAGCUAUGUUUACAGGAGGUUUAAAAGAAUCAGAAAUGUCACGUGUUCAACUACAAGGAGUCUGUCCCACCGCCAUGGGCAGGAUAAUUUAUUUUAUGUAUACGGGACAUAUACGAGUAACAGAAGUGACAGUCUGUCAGUUGCUACCUGCGGCGACAAUGUUUCAAGUGCCCAACGUUAUAAAUGCAUGUUGUGCUUUCUUAGAAAGACAAUUGGAUCCAACCAAUGCUAUUGGUAUAGCCAGUUUCGCAGAACAGCAUGGGUGUUCAGAUCUUCAGAAAAAAGCCAACUAUUUCAUAGAGAGACAUUUUACACAGGUUUGUCAAGAAGAAGAAUUUUUGCAAUUGUCCGCUUACCAAUUGAUAGCGCUAAUUCGACGCGAUGAGCUAAAUGUUCAAGAAGAGAGGGAAGUAUAUAAUGCCGUACUUAAAUGGGUUAAAUACGAUGAAGAAAAUCGUUAUCCCAAAAUGGAACAUAUACUUUAUGCUGUUAGAUGUCAGUUUCUGACACCAAAUUUCCUUAAGGAACAAAUGAGAAAUUGCGAUGUGCUACGAAAAGUGCCCGCAUGUCGGGAAUAUUUAGCAAAGAUAUUUAAAGAUUUGACUUUACACAAACGACCAGUUGUGAAGGAGCGAACACCAAAUACGACGCGAAUGAUUUUUGUAGCAGGAGGAUUUUUUCGACAAUCGUUAGAUAUCCUAGAAGCAUAUAAUGUUGAUGAUAAAACUUGGACAACGUUGCCAAACUUACGAAUUCCCCGAUCUGGCCUUGGUGCCGCUUUCUUGAAAGGCACUUUCUAUGCUGUCGGCGGGCGAAACAAUUCAAUUGGUUCUUCCUACGAUUCUGAUUGGGUGGACCGAUAUAAUACUUCGACGGAACAAUGGCGUCCAUGUGCUCCAAUGACAGUACCACGACACCGAGUAGGCGUGGCCGUAAUGGACGAAUUGAUGUAUGCUGUUGGUGGAUCCGCAGGUUCGGAAUAUCACAGUUCAGUUGAGUAUUAUGAUCCGGAUCAAGAUCGCUGGACACUGGUGCAACCCAUGCAUGAAAAACGUUUAGGAGUUGGAGUGGUUGUUGUAAAUCGCUUAUUGUAUGCUAUUGGAGGUUUCAAUGGUACCGACCGCCUUACUACUGUAGAAUGCUAUCACCCUGAGAAUAACGAAUGGACCUUGGUGCAACCAAUGCAGUAUGAACGAAGUGGUGCCGCUGGUUAUGUGGUCUGUCUUUUACCUGAUGGAGCACAGUUUCUCUCCUAUCGGCCAAAGCUGGCCGCAUCUUCAGGCGGUCCAAUUGUUGCCGGUACAGAUCCGAUUUAAUAGUUUGGUCGUAUGGAAGCAUUUAACAAUAGUUUCUCUUGCCAAUCUCACCAAAGACAUAAAAAAGGCUUCUUGACUAACAAUGCUCGCUUGUAUACAGUUUAAGCUGUCACACCGCUAUUGGGCUGCGACUGUUUCGCUUGACUUUAUAAUUAAUAACCAUCCGCUAGAGGAAUUGAUAAUUUUGAUUCUGCAGCGGUUCGCUGAAUUAAAUUAACACAUACGGCACAUUGUAUAUUGAACUGCAUCCACUGUUUUUAAAUGGCGAAAUAUUUAUCUCCUGGGCAAUCGAAACAAAACUUCGAUUUGAUUCAAGUAUUUCCGUUAUUUUGUAUUAUUUUGGGUGGUGAAUCUUUGACCGGAGCGCUAUCGAUGAAAUCAAAAUUACGUUUGAUCGGUUGUAACAGUAUCAGGACCACAAACACUAUACACAUUUUUAGCCAACUAGCUUUCGUCUUUAUUGAAGAGGUACUAGAUCGUUGCCCGCGCUUCGAUAGGUUGAAUGUGCUUUCCUCACAAACCACCUAAACUACUUCAACCAAAAUUCUUUCUAGCACCUCUUCCUACAAUAAAGAUGAUUGAAAUCAGCCUACCCCCCAAAUAACGGAUAUGUUGAAAACUACUAAGAUCUAAAUGCGUCGGAAUAUUAAUAUUUGCACUUGAUAUUCUAUUAAAGAGCUACAGCGCAGCUUUACGUGAAAUCAUAUACAACCACUCCCAUUUCCCAUAUAUCAAAAUUUUAAAAUCCAUAUGAUACUAUUACAUUCGAUAGAAUAAACCAAACACUAAUAAAUUUAUUAGAAUAAGUCCUUGUUCAAAAAGUGCCUUAAGCUCACAUCCAAAAAUAUUCGAAAUCAGCGCAGAGCUUUUCAAGUCCUUAAAUACCAAAUUUGUGGACCCCAGUGCCUAUAGCUGAAAUUUUAUCGAAAACAUUGAUAUUUAGAUCUCUAAUUAAAAUUCGGAGAGAAUAUCUUUAUGAUAAUGGUGUUACAAGUGUGUUAACUCGGGUGAAUACUACCCCUUGUCCUUAUAUACCUAAUUUAAAUAUUUUCGAAGUUCCAUUUGAAUUUAUAUUGGAUUCAUAUGCAUUAGUUAUUACACAUUUUUAUUUACUUUCGUCUUGUGCAGAGUUUUGUUCACCAAACAAUUGUUUCUAAAACCAAAAAUUAAUUUAGAUUGAUAUACUAAUGUGAUCAAAUUGAAAGGUGCAUUUUUGAUUUUGUCCAUUUCAUCUCCUUCAAAGUAAUCAAUACACUUAUGCCAACGAAUUUUCCAGUCAUCAUAGCACUUUCAGACAUAGUAAAAAUCGAAAAUCGUGUGGGGGCAUGGUCCCGCCCUCUAAUAUGUUUAAUGUGCAUAUCUCCUAAACCACUAAAGCUACAACAAUCAAAUUCGCCCGGUACGAAUAUUACAAGAACUUCUACUGACAGUGUGAAAAUGAAUGAACUCGGAUGAAAACACCGCCCACUCCCCAUAACGGUAAUGUUCAAAACUACUAAAAGCGCAAACAAUCAAUAACUAAAUGUGCCAGAAGCGUUAAAUUUUUACGCCGAGAUGAUAUGACAAGGCUUUAUUAGGGCCGGGGUUAAAAUUGGACGAUGGACAUGGCACCGCCACAUCUCGGUCCCGAUCGCCCGAUUUCGACAAAAUUUGAAACGAGGAAUUAUUUUUAUAUUUCUAUGUCACUCUGUGAAAAUGAGUCAAAUCGGACAAUAACCACGCCAAUUUCCCAUAUAGCACAAUUAUAAAUUCCACUUGAUUAUUUUACUUUCCAGUACACAAAUCAAGAAGCAGUUAAUAUAACAAGAUUAAACUUUGCACGAAUAAUGCCGUAAGUGUAUGCCACCCUAUAACAAAAAAUUGUUCAAAUCCAACCAAAACUUUUCAAGACCAAAAAGAAAAAGAAAACGGGUUUAAAGUUUUCAGUGACCAUCUAGCUGAGCUAGAGCGCACAAUUUUUCAAAGCUUAUAGAAAUUAAGUUUUUUUUGAAGUCGCGAAAUCCAUGUAAGCCUUUAUGUAUAAUAUAUUAAUUACUAUUAUUGUAAUCUUUACAGCAAUAAUAUACAGAAAUUUGUGUUAGUUAGAUUGAUAUGUACUAUAUAAUCAAUUAGUCCGAUGUAUAAAUAAUGAAUAUUUCUAUAUAUUACUAUUAAAUAUAUCGGACUCAUACUAUUAUAUGACCUAUAGUAUAAGUUAGGAGCCAAAUAUGAUUAUAAUUCAUUUAUAAUUUCGUCUAAAUAACGAAUAUUGAAGAAGAUUGAUAUGAAGUUUUACCAACACCGGAAAAUAUUUUCCUGGCGUUGAUCCUAGCAAAUUAUGAGAGUAUAAAAUGUUCGGUUACAUAUGUAUAUCUCAAGUGAUCAUAUGCGACAUACACGUUGUUGUUUUAACGGGUUAGAAUGGUAGGGAUUAUCUAAGUUGUUGUCGACGCCCAAGAAACGUUCUGUUUCGACGGGGUCUGACCAAAAGGAAAUCUGUUCCGAAAGCUCCAUCCCCCUACGAUCGUUUGAGAGGCAAGAAUACCGAAGAACACGCCGGGAAGACCAGCCAGUGCAAGAAUUGCACUUGACUGAUAUGACGUUCCGAUGUAUGGCGGUCUUACACACAAACGGACUGUUCGAGGAACCAGAAGUUGCUGAGUUGUUCUCGCGAGUUAAUACCAGUAUCAACGACACUUAUGCACAAGUAUAUGAGAAACGCUGAUAAAGCCAGUUCUGCCCUAAUCAAAUAAACAAGGGUAUCAAACACAAGACUUUGAGCUCAUACCACACCAUACCUGAAUGCGAGACAUGCAUAGGCCGCAUGAUAAGCACUUGUUUACAACAAAUAAUAAAAUUAGAUUUAGACCUAAUCCACAAAACAUGAAUAUGUUAUCAGCUUAACGAAUAAUUUAUAACCCAUAGCAUAAUACGAAAACAUGUUCAUUAAGUAUGUGAAUUUCUAAAAUAAAGACCAUAUUCUGCAAAAGAAAACAUAUAUUUUUUUAACCAUUCAUAAGUAUAUGAGUUAAAUCGCGCGAGGAUUAGAGCGGGAUGGAGGGGGGGAGACAAUUCAGAUUGGGAGCUAUGUUGCCUGUUUGAGCUCCUGGGCCACGGUCCCGCAAACUGUGUGCAUAUUGCACAGCCGUAGAGGCUAGUGUCGCAGUAUUGUGUUGGCAACAUGGAUCCACGAAAGUCGUGGUCCACUCCCUAUGUGACUUAAGAUGGCUCCAUCCAUUGCAUGUAUUACACCUGACCGAGGUGAGUGUGGAUGGAGCCUUUUGGCGUAAACGCAGCGGAAAAAUUCCUCCGGGCCCGGGGUGGACUCAACGGAGCAACCCUGCUGCAAAGCGUUGCUCUAAUAACGACAAACUGAAUUGCGCAACGUACACGUAUUUUCGACUAGUAUGUGUUAUGUGUAAUAAAUUGACGUAUGAGCUAAGUGCAAACGAAUCCAUGUUGCUGAAAAUGUUCGUUUUUUUACGAUCUGUAUGCAUAAAAGUAUAAUGUGUAUAGCGCUGUAUGCACCCAAAUACUAAUUUGAAAAACAAAAAGUGACAUAAAUAACGUAAAAUACGAAAAAAAAAAAAAUAUGUGCUUGAAUAAUUUACUACUGUAAUCAAAAUGAAAGAUGAAUCUCCUUUAAAGUAAUCUCCUCCGUCUGCAAUACACUUAUGGCAACGAAUUUUCCAGUCAUCAUAGCACUUGGAAAAAUUCUCGUCAUGAUGGCCAUCAGAGCUUUCUUCGAUUCAGCUUUUAUAUCCUCAAUUGAGUCAAAACGGUGUCCUCGUAGUGGCCGUGUGAAUUUGCUGAAUAGCCAACAGUUACACGAAGGUAAAUCAGGCGAAUGCGGUGAUUGCGGCACGAUAUUAGUUGAAAAUAUGGCGAAAUGAUCACGACUAACCAAUGCAGUAUGAAAUGGUGCGUUAUCGCACUUUGCUCAAUAAAUUCAGACGUAGUAAAAAUCGAAGAAUGCACUUUUAGAGCCUCACAAAACGGCGCGUAUCUAUAAUACUAAUGAAUAUUUUGACGUGAAAUUUAGCAUAAAUGUCACUAACAGUACUACCAACUUAUAGAAAAAAAUUCACCAAUACGAAAAACACGCGAAGUAAAUAAAUAAAAUUAAAAAUUCACCUUUCAAUCACAGUAGUAUAUUCUUUAUAUAGUCAUAUGUAUUGUUCAAAAUUGAACCUGUUCAUUACUUCAAAAAGGCGGAAUGUACCAAUAUACUUAUAUUUAGAGAUUUUUAUAUUUUUUACAAAUGCUAAAUAAGAUAAGAAAUAUUCUAGCUGUUCUUAUAAAUUAUACAGUCUACAUAUAUUAGAUAAGACAGAGGCAAUACAAAACGUACAUAAAUAAAUAUAUAUAUGAGGCAUGUAUGCAUUUAUAUGCAAUACGCAUGCAUUCAAAAAAUAUUAUAUAAACAUAUUUAUUUGGUCAAUUGAUUACAAAUGCACUUGUGCACUUGAAAGUAAUCCCAAACAUACAGCAUAAACAAUGUGAUAACACACACACACACACACAUGUAUUGCAUUGUAUAGUUCAACACAACCCCAUGUGGUGUGCCGUACAUACAUAUAUAUUUAUGUAAAUAGAUAAGUAAGACUUCUAAAAUUGUAUAUAAGGCUUACAAAUUUAAAAAUAAAAUUAUAAUGAAAUAUUUCUCACUUGAAUAAGGUCUUUAUUUUCCCCCCACCAGUGGUAAGGAUCUAAAGAAUCUUGUUAAAGUUUUAACGUUUGAUCAUACAAAUCAAACAGUUUGAUAUUAAAAGUCAAACAUUUGGUCCUUCAAGCCGGAUAAGUAGCUCGAGCAGAAACUGUAAGACCUGUAUGAAUAAAAUACAGGCAAUAUAUGUAAAAGUUCUAUUAUAUAUGUAUGUAUAUAGUCAAUACAAAAGCCCUGUUACUUACACAGGCAAAUGAAUAAGGAAAUUGUAAGACGGGUCCAUAUUCCCGCAUAUUUAGAUGAUCACAUAAGCCGUUUUAGUACGAAACUAAACGCUGUGUAAAUACUGUUAUUUAAAAAAAUAUUCAGCGGCUGUGAAUCGAGGCACAGCAAGGUCAACCAGGCGACCAAAACAUUUACCUCCAACGAUUUUUUUAAAGAAUAAAAACAGUUCAUUAAGAAAGAUAGUUAAAAAUGACACUGCGGACAUGUUACAAAGGGAAGGCGAUUUACGCAUAGAAGAUAUAACAUUUGAGAAGAAACUGCGCGUAGAAGAUAUUAUAUUUGAGAAAAUAAAUCGAGAUUAUAAAGGGAGGAGAGCCGAAGAUUAUAGGAAGCAAAUCGAGAAGCUCAAAAUGGAACUCGCAUCCAAAGAGAUGGAGAUAAGAGCAAGGGCAAUAAGCCCAACUGAUAAAACUAUAGACCUCAUAGGACAGGCAAUUGAAAAAAGAACAGAAAAAAUUCGAUUUUUCAUUGCAGAGACAAAAAUAAAUCUAAAUAACAGAGACGAAACUGAAAUCGAAAGAUACGAAGGACGUCUCAAGCACUAUUGGAGCUACAUGGAGAAAAAUAUCGACGAAUUGACAAUGAAAUACAAAAAGUCGUGCAAUAAUUUCGAAAUAGAAGAACUUUCUUUUAAAUUCACCGAUACUUUGCGAGUAUUGAAAAAACAAAAAGAAAUCAAAAACAGUUGUUAAAUUGGAAUUACCAAAAAUAGAAUUCCAAAAAUUCUCAGCGAAUUCCGAGAAUGGCAACCAUUUAAAGAGCUCUUUGAGGAGUAUGUCCAUUAUAAUAAGGAUAUUAGUAACUCCAAAAGGAUGAGCUGUUUAAAAUCUUGUCUUCAAGGAGAAGCUAGACUAAUGGUUAGUCGCCUGAUAACGGGAUCAGGUGCAAAUUACAACACUGCUUGGGAAUUACUGGCACGCAGAUAUGAUAACGCGGGCAAACAGUUUAAAGAUAAUUCUGAGAAGUAUUACGUUGACGACAUAUCGAAGGAAGGUAAACUACGUGUAGAAGAUAUUACAUUUAAGGAGCUACGUGUAGAAGAUAUACACUUCGAAAAGUGUUGCGUUGAUGACACAACAGAAGAGCACGACAAAAUUAUAGUUGAUAAGAAAUUAACAACUAUGCGAUCAAAACCCAUGCAUCCUGGCAGAAACCAAGAAAACAGAAGAGCAAAAGGAAUCUUGGAGAGCUAAAAUUUUGGAUAAUGAUUUUAAAUAAGCGAUUAUAACAACCACGUGAAGAGAAGACCUUAAGAGGCAUUUUAUUCCCCGGAAAAGUCCUCACUUCGGAGGAAGUAGGGAGGCUGGUUAUCUUGUUACAAAUGCAACAAUGGAUCUUGACCCCCCUGAUGAAGCGCCAAAUGAAGACAUGACAAUUAAAGUCGCUGACGAUGGAAGUAUGAUAGCGGAAGAUGCAGUAAUGAAUCCAAAGGCCAAGAAGAAGAAACGGAUGGGAUGUCUACCAAUCAAACACAUACAACAAUUACCGAAAGGCGAAUGCAGUGAUGAGGAGAAAAUAAUAAGGUACAAAAAAAGAAGCUUCACAUUUAAGUUACAGCGUCGUCCGAUGUGAAAGAAGAAACGUCGACAGGAUACCCUUUUAACGAAUUUGCAGAAAUAGUUAUGAGCAAACUAUCAUUAAUUCAACACAGAAAGGCGCAUAGUCAUCGUGAACGUCACUAAGUUGACGAACAUGACACGGCCACAAACUGAAGUCAUUUUUGCCGCCCGGGAGAAUGUUCAAAAUUGAGCAUGUUCAUUACUUCAAAAAGGCGUAAUGUACCAAUAUACUUAAAUUUAAACAUUUUUAUAUUCUUUGCGAAUAUUAAAUAAGGUAAGAAAUAUUCUAGCUGUUGUAAUAAAUUAUACAGUCCACAUAUAUUAGAUAAGACAGAAGCAGUACAAAAGGUACAUAAAUAAACACACAAACAUAUAUAUAUGAGGCACGUAUGCAUUUAUAUGCAAUACGCAUGCACUCAAAAAAUAUAAUAUAAACAUAUUUACUUAGGUUUGGGCAAUUCAUUACAAAUGCACGUCUGCACUUGAAAGUAAUCCCAAACCAUAUAGCCUAAACAAUGUGAUAACACACACACACACACAUGUAUUGCAUUGUAUAGUUGAAAACAACCCCAUGUGGUGUGCCGUACAUACACAUAUACUUAAUUAGAUAAGCAAGACUUCUAAAAUAGUAUAUACAAAUUUACAAAUUUAAAAAAUAAAACUAGAAUGAAAUAUUUCUCACUUGAAUAAGGUCUUUAUUUCCUGCCCACCAGUGGUAAGGAUCUAAAGAAUCUUAUUUAUUUUAAUGUUUGAUCAUACAAAUCAAACAGUUUGAUCUACAAGUCAAACAAUAUAAUAAUGUAUGUAAUGAGAAUUAAAAGAAGGGCAUUUACAUUGUUUACUUGAAUCUGGCACAUGUUAACUCGUUGAAACUUGAAACGAAAAUAUAUUUAUACAUAUGUGUUACAUGGCAAAAAAAUUAUCAUACAUUCCAAAAUAUAAUUUUUUUAUUUGUCAUUUGCCAAAAUUUUACAUCGAAAGUUCGGUGCGUUUGAAAUUGAGCCUUGUUACAUCCAUUUCCGCACUCCAUAAGUGAAAUAUUUGUAUAAUUAAAAAAAAAAAAACAAAAUAGAUAAUGUUCUUGCAAUAAUCAUUUCGCUACUAUUUAUAUUUUUUGUUUUUAUACAGUUGUUUCACUUAGAAAAGUAAGAUAAUAGUGUUUAUAAUUAUUUUUUUAAAUUGGUAAUUUUCUGUAUAUAAUUUUUAAAAUGGAAACUCAGGUUUUCAUUUAGUUACCUUCUUCCGACAUAUUGACAUCUCAUCGAGAAACUGCAAACACAACAGACAUCAGAACGAUUUUCUACUCGGGUUGCACUCCUGCUCUCUGAGAGCACUCGUCAACAACUCGGUAUAAGGGAACUGUGGGUCGGCAUUUCAAGCUCCUUACGUACAGCUGCAACCGAAACCAUUGGUUUUCGGAAAAUGCUAAAGAACAGCUGGUACGACGAGAAGUGCCGUGUCGCAGCGGAGAGAAAACAGACUGCCUACCUCGCAACCUUACGAUCGACCACAACACGUGCGGGAUGGGAUAGAUACCGAGAGUUGAAGAGGGAAGCGAGACGCAUUUUCAGACAGAAAACGAAAGAGGCGGAAAUGCGUGAGCAUGAAGAGCUUGAUAAGCUGGCCGACAGGGGUAGUGCUCGAAAAUUCUAUGAAAAAAUGCGGCGGCUGAUAGAAGGUUUUAAGACCGGAGCAUACUCUUGUAGAACCCCCAAAGGUGAUCUUGUCACCGAUGCCCAGAGCAUACUUAAAUUAUGGAGGGAGCACUUCCCCAGCCUGCUGAAUGGCAGUGAACGUACAACACCAGGAGAAGGCGAACCUGAGUCCCCAAAAAGGGAGACUCCAAAAUCUGCGCCAACUAUCGUGGGAUAAGUCGUCUAAACAUCGCGUAUAAGGUUCUGUCGAGCGUAUUGUGUGAAAGAUUAAAACCCACCGUCAACAAGAUGGACUUUAUCAGUGUGGCCUUAGACCUGGAAAAUCAACAACCGACCGAAUAUUCCCCAUGCGCCAAAUCUUGGAAAAGACCCGUGAAAGGAGAAUCGACACGCGCCACCUCUUCGUCGAUUUCAAAGCUGCUUUCGACAGCACGAUGCCGCAAUGUCUGAAUUUGGUAUCCCUGCAAAACUAAUACGGCUGAGUAAACUGACGUUGAGCAACACGAAAAGCUCCGAUAUUGAUAUCAUCGGCCUCAACACCCGCACCGUUAGUUCUGCUUUCUCCAGACUGAACAAAGAAGCAAUGCAAAUGUGUCUGGCAGUGAACGAGGGCAAGACGAAAUAUCUCCUGUCAUCAAACAAACAAUCGUCGCACUCGCGACUUGGCUCUCACGUCACUUUUGACAGUCAUAACUUUGAAGUCGUAGAUAAUUUCGUCUAUCUUGGAACCAGCGUAAACACCACCAACAAUGUCAGCCUAGAAAUUCAACGCAGGAUAACUCUUGCCAACAGGUGCUACUUCGGACUGAGUAGGCAAUUGAGAAGCAAAGUCCUCUCUCGACGAACAAAAACCAAACUCUAUACAUAAGUCACUCAUAAUUCCCGUCCUGCUAUAUGGUGCAGAGGCCUGGACGAUGACAACAACUGAUGAGUCGACGUUGCGAGUUUUCGAAAGAAAAGUUCUGCGAAAGAUUUGUGGUCCUUUGCGCGUUGGCCACGGCGAAUAUCGCAUUCGAUGGAACGAUGAGCUGUACGAGAUAUACGACGACAUUGACAUAGUUCAGCGAAUUAAAAGACAGCGGCUACGCUGGCUAGGUCAUGUCGUCCGGAUGGACGAAAGCACUCCAGCUCUGAAAGUAUUCGACGCAGUACCCGCGGGGGGAAGUUGAGAAAGAGGAAGACCUCCACUCCGUUCGAAGAACCAAGUGGAGAAGGACCUGGCUUCGCUUGGAAUAUCCAAUUGGCGCCAUGUGGCGAAAAGAAAAAAACGACUGGCGCGCUGUUGUUAACUCGGCAAUAAACGCGUAAGCGGUGUCUAUGCCAAUAAAGAAGAAGAAGAGGUGAAAUUUUCGAAAACUAGAUUUUUUUUUGCAUUAUCGGAUAGUAUCUACUGUAAUAAACAUUCUCUCAAAUUUUCUAAUCGAAUGAAAUUUUUACGGUCGCUACAGCGUUUCUUGAGAACAGAGUGCGGAGCAUAGCGACCCCAAUCUUUAAACGCGUUUUUCACAGAAUGGUUGUUUUCAAAAUGGUUUCCACUCUCAAAAUAAGACUCUUGAAGAUAUCUAGUUCCAAUUUGGGGAGAAUAUUUUUAACAUAAUAUGCUAUCGCGCUAUGGAAAUUUUAUUUUUUUUUUUUAAACCUUCCAAUUUUUUUCUACGAAAAACUGUCAAGUUAAAAAAAAACUCCGUAGCGUGAUAGCUACUUUCCUAUAGAUUAAUAAUCUUUUUGAAAUUUUUGUUUUAGAUCAAACAUUUUUUACGUGUUAUUUUAACAGUUAAUACAUUCAAAAAAACCAGACCGAAUAAUUAAUUUCAACAUUAAAGAAAAUCGAAAAUCUGAUUUUUCGGAGGAUCACGAAUCCAUCAGUAUAAUAUUUUUUAAUAAUUUGUUCUUGAAAGUGCUUUCGAAUUAUAUCCGCUGAGAAUUGAAUAUUGUUAAUUAAGAUGUAUGACCUUUAUAAAACGCAUACAUCUAUAUUCAUAUAUUUACAUUAAAAAAUUUUGCUAAAUAAGCAAACUUUUAUUACUUGAUGAAAUCGUGAAUAAAUUGCAAUGUAAUUAAGUAUCUUCUUGGCUUAUAUUGAAAUUCAUAAACUUAGACUUAGUUUUAUUGCUAUAUUUUAGUUUGCGUCAGAUAAAAUUAUCAGGGGUGUUGUGGAAUCUGAUAGUUGUCGGAAUCAGAAUUGAAACAGAUCAAAAAAAGUAGUAGGUGUCAUGAAUUCAGGUAUUAUUCAGGGGUGUUGUGGAAUCUGAUAGUUGUCAGAAUUGAAACCGAUCAAAAAAGUAGUAGGUGUCAUGAAUUCAGAUAUCAUUGGUUUGAUAUUCGAAACAGAAUUUGUAUCGGAUUUGGGUGUCACGGAAAUCAAUUUUAUCGGUUUUGCUAUCAGAAACAAAGCAAGAAGAUAGUCGCUCACAGAUUUGAAAUGUAAGCUAAGAAAUCAAGUCAUUUUAUUAUUUCCAAUUAAUUUAUCUUUAUUUCUAUAGGGGAUACAUAAGUAUAAAACACGAAAUGUCUUAAUUAUUGAGUUUUUGGAAAAAAAAAAUCCGGACAUUUAAAGUUAUUAGAUUUACAAAACGUAAUAAAUGUAAUUUAACACCCAAAUGCGUCCUUAUUCAUUCGAUAAAUGUUAUCUCUUAAACUCUUUCUUUAAUUCAGAACUCAUUAAAAACUUGAAUAGGAUUGCUUCCAAAUGUAUUCAUUUGAAGGUUUUGUCACAUUAGUACACAGCUGAUUCGAAUAUUGGUUUUGCGUGUGUUCGAAAAGACGGAAAUCCAAUCAGAUUCUGUGACACCAAUGAAAAUCAGAAUUGGUUUGCAAUUCUGUCUUGGAUUCCACAACACCACUAAUUGGUUUGAUAUUCGAAACAGAAUUUGUAUCGGAAUUUGUCACGGAAACCAAUUUUAUCGGUUUUGUUAACAGAAAUAAAGCAAGAAGAUAGGCGCUCACUGCUUUGAAAUGUAAGUUAAGAAAUCAAGUUAUAUUAUUAUUUGGAAUUCAUUUGUCUUUAUUUCUCUAGGGGAAAGCAUAAGUAUAAAACACGAAAUGUCUUAAUUAUUAAGUUGUUGGAAAAAAAGUCCGGAUAUUUAAAGAUAUUAGAUUUACAAAACGUAACAUACGUAAUUUAACACCCAAAUGCGUCUUUAUUCAUUCUAUUAAUGUUAUCUCUAAAAUCUUCCUUUAAUUCGGAACUUAUUAAAAACUUUAAUAGGAUUGUUUCCAAAAGAAUUCAUUUGCAAGUUUUGUCACAUUAGUAAACAGCUGGUUCGAAUAUUGGUUUUGCGUAUGUUCGAAAAGACGAAUAUCCAAUCAGAUUAUGUGACACCAUUGAAAAUCAGAAUUGGUUUGCAAUUCUGACAGCUAAGCAAUUCUUUCUUGGAUUCCACAACACCACUGUACUAUAUUAAAAAUAUAUUCACAUGAGAUACAUCCAUGUAUAUGUAUGUGCUAUUAACUCGGCCGAAAAGGCAAAAUGUAAUAAAAUGAUUUGAUGUGAAAAACGACAACCAGAUAAUCGGAAUUCAUUAUACUAGGGAAAUGAGGUGUAAACUUGUUCAUUUAUUUUUUAUUAAAAUAUCAAACUUUGGACAAAUGUGAACGCUUUAAAUACAGGUGUAAGGACGGACAUAAUUUUAUGGGGUAUAUUGGGGGCAGAGGCAGAGACGUUCUCCAGCUCUUCACCGAUGCUACGGCUGCUACUAUGCCGGUCUCUUUCGACCAAUUCAGCGAUUUUAUCGCAAUUUUCGACGACAGUCCUUCCGGAGCGUGGCGCAUCUUCGACCACUUCUACACCAGAACGAAAACGUUGAAACCAUCGUUUUGCGGUGGAAAUGGAAACUGUAUCGGGUCCAUAAACUGCACAAAUUUUAUUGGCGGCUUGAGAUGCAUUUUUGCCUUCAUCGUAGUAGUACUGCAAAAUAUGCCGUAUUUUCUCUUUAUUUUGCUCCAUGUUUGCGACGCUAUAACUCACAAACGACUUAAAAGAAACUGGAAUGUCUCUCGCGUAUUUAGUUAUUGAUUUAUCGCCCUUCAAGUAGCUUGUAACAGUGCCGUUAUAUGGGGAGUGAUGUGGGGUUAUCAUCCCUUUCUAUAGUGUAGAUAGGGGUGCCUAAAGGAUUUUCCUUAGCGAAUUUAGUUAUUUUAGCUUAAACGGUUUGAAAGAUAUCUACACUAAAAUUCUUUUAAUUUUUUUAAAAUUUUUUUGGUACUUACUAUUGUGAUUUUCUGUGCCAAACUACAGUUCUAUAUCUUAAAUUAGUGGUUAGUUUUGGCUCUAUAAGUUUUCGUCUAACGGCGUUUUGUGACUGUGGCAGUGGUCCGAUUACGCCCAUCUACUAACAUUACAUCUUAAUUUUACUCAAGACGGACAGACGGACAUCCGGAUUACAACCCGUCUCGUCAUCAUGAUCAUAUAUACAUAUAUGUAUUAGGCCGGGUCGAUUUGUGGGGAGGCAAAAAAAUCGCCCAUUGCUCUAUGAAAAUCAUAUUCUAGUGAUCAAAAUAAGAUACUUUGCCGAAGGAACCAUACCUCUGAAACGAAUUUUGAUGUCCCCCAAUUUGGGUCGAACUUUUGGGUAGGGGAAAAUUUUGAAAAAUUCCACUUUGACCCAUUUAGAGUGCUCCAAUCGAGUCCAAAUGUAUGACCGACCCCCACUUACUUUGGACGGCCGAUCCACCCAUGCCAGUGGAACUCCCAUGGGGGGUUCCCCAUACAAUCAUUUCAAAAAAUUACCAUUUUUGGUGAUUUACAUGAAAAAAUCAGCUAAAUUGCUAUGUUUUUUCUUUAUUUUUAUUUAUUUAUUUAUAAUAAUAUCUAUUUUUUCUCUUAAGAAAUUUAUUUAGUCAGAACAUAUGUAAAUGCAAAAAAUUAAUAUGAUUAUGAUAUAAUUAAAAUAUGAUAAUUCAUAUUAUGCGCAUUCGGAAAAUAUCUUGUUAUCAAUGUUGUUUGAUGAUAGGAAAGUGUGUAUUGUGAACUUGUGCUUCUAUCCAUAUCUUCUUGAACCGGUGGCGGUGCGUAUGUUGAAUCAUCGGGAUCUUGGUAUGUUGGCAUUGAUGACAUAGACGUUGCUCCUUGCUCUUCAGUUUCCAUCAUAAAUGCAUUCAUUGUUAGUCUUCUCUGAUUAUGUUGAUCGGCAUCAACUUAUCUUGUACUUGAAUAGUGAAUGAUUUAUGGGAAAACUUUUUUUGUUCUGUUUUAGCACGUUCGCUUAAGUAAAAAUAAUAUCUCAAGAUAUCCAGAUGGGUUGGUAAAUUAAGAUCAGUCAAAUCAGUAGACACACCAAAAACAGUAACAUCAUGCUUGGGUAUAUGACUCAUUGGGUUUUCGAUAGUUGUUGAUGUAGUUGCUUCAUCUUGCGGUGUAGAGGAUGGUGGAUUCAUUGUAAACUUUUUGAGGUAAUAAGAAUGAAAUGGUAAUUGUAAAGUAAGACGCGUAGGGUUUCGGUUGUUAAAUAGAACUCAGCUCUGGUUGCCCAGAGCUCCUUUAUUUAUAGCAUUCCUUAUCCUAAUUUAUAUAUGCACCACAUGCUGAGUGCAUACACACAUCUUAACACUAAUCUACUGUACAUACCGACAGUAUGUACACAUAUCUUAAGCAUAAGUGUUUUCAAGGGCAAACACAAUUGUCUAUUGUUAGUUUAGGAUCAUUUGCGAUCUCAAGGGCAAACACAAUUGUCUAUUGUUCGUUUAAGAUCAUCACUUAAAUUAAUUUUUUUCAUUUGCAUAUGUUCUGACUAAAUAAAUUUCUUAAGAGAAAAAAUAGAUAUUAUUAUAAAUAAAUAAAUAAAAAUAAAGAAAAAACAGCAAUUUAGCUAGAAAAAUUGUGAUUUUUUGAAAUGAUUGUAUGGGAAUCCCCCAGGGGAGUUCCAGGGGGUGUGCCUGAUUCCGAUCGUUCAGUUUGUAUGGCAGCUUUAUGUUAUAGUGGCCCGAUAUCGGCAGUUCCGACAAAUGAGCAGCUUCUUGAAGAGAAAAUGACGUUUGCAAAAUUUCAAAACGAUAUCUUAAAAACUAAGGGACUAGUUCCUAUAUAUACAGACGGACAGACAGACAGACGGACAUGGCUAAGUCGACUCAGCUCGACAUACUAAUCAUUUAUAUAUGUAUAUACUAAAUAGGGUUUCCGACGAUUCCUUCUGGGUGUUACAAACUUCGUAACAAACUUAAUAUACCCUGUUCAGGGUUUAACAACCGUUACGUGAACAAAACUAUUACACUCUCUAGCAACA